AUGACCGACCUUAACGCUGACAAGGCGGCGGCCAAGACCGCAAGUGCUGAGCUUAGCCCAGCCUCAAGCCACCCCGUAUCUUCGGCAACCGACAAGGGUGUCCACGUUGACACCUCAGAAGCCCAAUCACCAUUGGGACUCGACGCAGUUGAUGACACUGCAAUUGUCGAAGAAGAAGCCCACGAUGACCCUGAAAUCGCACAGCUGCCACUCAUUGUGCGCCAGACUGUCUCUCUGGAAGAUGAUCCCACACUCCCGACUAUCACCUUCCGCUACUUCGUUCUUUGCAUUUUGUUCAUCGUUCCUGGCGCCUUCCUGUCGCAGAUGAGCCAUUACCGUACAACUCAAGCCCCGUACUCCGUAUUUUUCGUGCAGAUCGCCUGUCACUAUGUCGGUCAUGGUCUCGCAAAAGUCUUGCCAGCCUGGCAAAUCAACCUACCUUUCGGCUACGGUUUCAACCUGAAUCCGGCACCAUGGAGCAUCAAGGAGCAUGUUCUAGUUACUCUGACUGCGGCAUCGGGUGCGACCUACAAUCUGGGCUAUACGCCAAUCUCCAUGGCUGAAUUGUGGUACGACACCAGGAUCAACCCUGCCGUGGCCAUCUUCUUCAUGUUAGCCAUUGUCUGGGUUGGCUACGCUAUCGCUGCGAUCGCUCGUUCGCUGCUGUUGUGGGAGCCUGAGUAUGUGUGGCCCCAGGCGCUCAUGCAGACGACUCUGUUCGAGACCUUCCGCAAGCAGGAUCGCAACAGCCCACUGGCUAAACGACAGAUGCACAUAUUCUUCCUGUGCCUUGUUGGUAUGACGCUCUGGCAGUUUUUGCCGGAAUACGUCUUUCCAAUGACUUCUUCGCUUGCUUUCUUGUGUUGGGUAGCACCAAAGAAUCCAGUUGCGAACUUCAUUGGUUCUGGCCUUGGAGGCAUGGGCUUCAUGAACCUGAGUCUCGAUUGGUCAAACAUCAAUUGGAAUGGCACAUCGAUCUUGAUUACGCCGUUUUGGACACAGACCGUGCUGUUCCUUGCCUUUGCAUUCAAUUGUUGGAUUCUGCUUCCAGCGGCUAAGUGGGGCAAUUUAGGCUCUUACAAACACGGCUUGAUGUCCAACUCGUUGCUUUUGGCCAACGGAACGAAAUAUCCAACGGCCAAGAUUGUCAACAGCGACUUCAGUCUGAACGAGACUGCCUGGAAGGAGUACGGUCCGGCAUACAUGGGACUGCAAUUCGCGUGGGCCACGUUCUUCAACUACGCCAAGUUACCUUCGGCCUUUGUUUGGCUGGCUACUUUCGGAGGUCCUGCCAUCUUAGCAACAUUUGGAAAGAACAUGGCUGCACGGAAAGCUCGUAGCGAAGCCAGAAAGCAGCAAGCUUCUGCUGGCGCCGAGGAACCCAAUAUUCAUCACCAGUACACUGAUCGUCUGAAUGUCCUUCAGCGUUCGUACAAAGAAGUCCCUGGGUGGUGGUUCGUGACAUUAUUCCUCGCUGGAUUCGUCAUCUUGCUUGCGAUCAUAGGCUCUGGCCAGCUCUUCAUCCCUUGGUGGACGGUGAUCGUUGGUGUCGCGACUGGCUUCGUUGUUGUCGUCCCUCUCGGGUACCUCUACGCCAUCUCAAACUACCAAGUCGCAAUCGGUGACUUCAAUGAGCUCAUAUACGGCUACAUGGUCCACACCGCCGCCGGAGCCGCCCACCACCAUCCUUGCGGGCCUUCAGUCUACGGCGCCAUAGCAGGCGAUGCAUGGUAUCGCGCACAAUACAUGCUCCAAGACCAACGCAUAGGUCACUACAUGCACAUACCACCCCGCACCGUCUUCUUCAGCCAGGUCUUCGGAAGCAUCCUAGGCAUACCCAUCAACUACGGUGUAAUCCGCUGGGUCCUCAACACAAAGUUCGACUACCUCUCCGGCGCAAAAACAGACCCUCUCCACCAGUGGACCGGCCAAAGUCUUGUGAGUUCGAAUACAAUCGGCGUUCAGUACGCCGUCAUCGGCCCAAAGCGCAUGUUCGGCGCCGCCGAGCUAAAAGCCCUCCCCUACGGCUUCCUCGUCGGCGCCGCAGCCCCACUCGUCGUGUACGCCCUCUACCGCUCGUUCCCCAAAUCAAAGCUCAAAUUCCAUCUCUGGAACACGACGAUCUUCUUCUCGGGGGUCACGGUGUUCUACGGUAACUUGAGCACGGGGUACUUCAGCGCGUGGCUCGGCGGCUUCGUCGCCAUGUACUGGAUCUUCCGCCACCAUUUUAAGAUCUGGAAGAGAUAUAAUUACAUCGUCGCUGCGGCGUUCGAUGCGGCGUUUAAUUUUAAUAUGCUGCUUAUUUUCCUGUUCUUUGGGAGUGGGAGGCAGAUUCAGAUGCCGGCUUGGUGGGGGAAUAAUGAGGAUAAUGCGGAGAGGUGUUUUGCACUGGACACUUAG